UCAUAUGUAUGACAGAAGGAAUUAUUAAGUAGUGAAUAGCCUGUGCCCUUUCUAUAAAGAAAAUAUGAAAUUAUUUCGAGAUAUUUUCAAUCAAGAAGAUUUUUAUUCGUAUUGAUAUUAUAUUUAUGAAACGGAAUAAUACCGUUUAAUGCAGAGAUUUCGUUCGUCACGUUUAAUGGAAAAAUUGUCAACAUCGAGAACGCCCUUUGCUCCUAGUGUUCACGCGCGAGAUAUCAGAUAAUGCAAAUCGUUCGUUCUUAACCUUGGUCAAAAAAAUUUGACCUGACUAAGCGGACAACCGUUGCACCGAACACGUUAUCGUUGUGGAAUGCAAGUUCGUAUAAAAAGAAAAAUUGAAAGCAACCAUAAAUUGUGUGGCUGGGAGGUUUAUAAGUCGAUGAGGUGGCUCUUAAAGAAGUGGUACUUGUCUACAUUUAAAUUCAUUCUUUAUUACUCGCUUUAUAUAAAUCAAGAACUUUCUAGUAGAAAAUAAUCCUUAUCACAUUAAUGUGUAUUCUUUUGAAAAAUCUUUAACUGAUGAUUUAUGUUAGCUUCGUUACAGUUGGCCAAAAAUGACAAAUCCAGCAGAAAGAUUAAAUUAUUCGCAAGAUAGUAGUAGCGAUACAGAAACUGAUUAUAAAGAGACAGAUCCAAGAGGACAACAAAGAUUAUACCAAAAUAGAUUAAGUUGUGGUGGUUCGUCCAAACCAAAACCUUGUCUGGUACAGAGGGAUGGAAGCAACGAUCGACACUGCCAUUCUUAUAAUUCAGGCAGACAUGGCACAAAUAUAAAUCAAUCAAGCAGACUCCGUUCUGGAGUUGGGCUUGGAAAGAGUCAACAAAACCAAAGUAGAGAUAUUAUACCAUGCAACAGUUCUGCUACAGAGGCUAGCAUUCCACAAGGUAGCGAUGAACGAAUAACAUUGAUCGUCGAUAAUACGAGAUUUAUCAUAGACCCAGCUUUAUUUACUGCACGCCCCAAUACAAUGUUAGGACGAAUGUUUAGUUCUGGUGUCGAAUAUGCUCAGCCAAAUGAACGUGGAGAGUACAAAGUUGCCGAUGGAAUAUCGGCUAUGGUUUUUCAAGCUAUUCUUGAAUAUUACAAAGGUGGAAUAAUACGUUGUCCUCCUACGGUUACCGUACAAGAAUUACGCGAAGCUUGCGACUAUCUUCUCGUUCCGUUUAAUGCAAAUACAGUAAAGUGUCAAAAUUUAAGAGGAUUAUUACACGAAUUAUCUAACGAAGGUGCACGCUGCCAAUUCGAAAGGUUCUUAGAAGAUCUGAUGCUGCCUUUAAUGGUAAAUAGUGCACGUAGAGGCGAUAGAGAAUGUCACAUCGUUGUCUUAUUGGAAGAUGAUAUAGUCGAUUGGGACGAAGAAUAUCCACCGCAAAUGGGAGAAGAAUAUUCGCAGACCGUCAAUAGUACAGCUAUGUACAGAUUUUUCAAAUACAUCGAAAAUAGAGACGUAGCUAAGCAAGUGAUGAAAGAGCGUGGCUUGAAAAAGAUACGUUUAGGAAUCGAAGGUUAUCCUACUUAUAAAGAAAAAGUUAAGAAAAGGGCUGGUGGUCGUGCCGAAGUCAUUUACAAUUACGUUCAAAGGCCAUUCAUACACAUGUCUUGGGAGAAGGAAGAAGCAAAAAGUCGUCACGUUGAUUUCCAAUGUUUAAAAUCUAAAUCAGUUACGAAUCUCGCAGAAGCCACUGCCGAUCCGGUAUUAGACGCCGGAGGAAAUCCAAUAAAUGCUCUUUUGCAAGCCGCAGAACCGGUGCCUCAACCAGAAGCGGCACUGCCAAUGGGUUCCGAUGGUGAUGUUGAAGGCGGCAUAGGGUUGCCUGCCGAUCAAGACCUUGGACCUUUACCACCCGACGAGUUAUCAUGAGCCUCAUUCGUUUUACGUAUGUACGUUCUUUGAAAGUGAAUAUAUAUAUAUAUGUAUAUAUGUAUAUAUAUAUAUAUAUAUAUAUAUAUAUAUAUAUAUAUAUGUAUAUGUAUAUAUAUAAUACGAGGUAUGUUUCUUAUAUGCAAUAUUGAUUGUGUUAUUCAAAAUACAUCGUGUCCUUUCGAUUCGCAUCGAUAUAAAUUUUUCCCAUUUUGUACUAUUAAUAAAGUUUACAAUGCGAUUUCUCAAUAA